CACAGCACUUUGCACAGUGGCUUGACUCUCCUGGUGGAAGGCUGUGGAACUCCUCCUGUUAGCUGUGGGUGAUGCAGACAACUUCUUCGUUCAUGGCUUUCCCCGCAGGGUUUGGCUGGGGAGCUGCCACUGCAGCCUACCAAGUCGAAGGAGGCUGGGAUGCAGAUGGAAGAGGCCCUUGUGUCUGGGACACAUUCACCCAUCAGGGAGGAGAGCGAGUUUUCAAGAACCAGACUGGUGAUGUAGCUUGUGGCAGCUACACUCUGUGGGAGGAAGAUUUGAAAUGUAUCAAACAGCUUGGAUUGACUCAUUACCGCUUCUCUCUUUCCUGGUCACGUCUGUUACCUGAUGGGACGACAGGUUUCAUCAACCAGAAAGGAAUUGACUAUUACAACAAGAUCAUCGAUGAUUUGUUAACAAAUGGGGUUACCCCGAUGGUAGCAAUCUACCACUUUGAUUUGCCUCAGGCUUUAGAAGACCAAGGAGGUUGGCUGUCAGAGUCAAUUGUGGAAGCCUUUGACAAAUACGCUCAGUUUUGCUUCCAGAUUUUUGGGGACCGAGUUAAACAGUGGAUCACCAUAAAUGAGCCAAAUACUCUUGCUAUGUUGGCUUAUGACAUGGGCAUCUUUGCUCCUGGCAUACCUCACUGUGGGACUGGAGCUUACCAAGCAGCUCAUAAUUUGAUUAAGGCUCAUGCCAGAGCCUGGCAUAGCUAUGAUUCCUUAUUCCGAAAGGAACAGAAGGGCAUGGUGUCCCUCUCAUUAUUUUUUUGCUGGCUGGAACCAGCAGAUCCCAAUUCAGUGCUUGACCAGGAAGCUACUAAGAGGGCCAUCAAUUUCCAGUUGGAUUUUUUUGCUAAACCCAUAUUUAUUGAUGGUGAUUAUCCUGAACUUGUCAAGUCCAAGAUUGCCUCCGCGAGUAAAAAGCAAGGCUAUUCAUCAUCAAGACUUCCAAAAUUCACAGAAGAAGAGAAGAAAAUGAUCAAAGGCACAGCUGAUUUCUUUGCUGUGCAAUAUUAUACAACACGCUUAGCCAAGCACCAGGAGAGGAAGGAAGGAGAGCUAAGUGUCUUUCAGGACAUGGAGACUGAGGUUUUUCCUGACCCCUCUUGGAGAGGCGUGGGUUGGGUUUAUGUGGUGCCAUGGGGGAUGCGCAAACUACUGAAGUAUGUUAAGGAUACAUAUAAUAACCCUAUAAUUUACAUCACUGAAAAUGGGUUUCCCCAGUGUGACCCCCCAUCUCUUGAUGACACUCAGCGCUGGGACUAUUUCAGACAGACAUUUCAGGAACUAUUCAAAGGUCUGCCUUCAUUGUGUCCCAUAAGUUUUGCUAUCCACAUUGAUAAAGUCAACCUUCAAGUGUACUGCGCAUGGUCUCUUCUGGAUAACUUUGAAUGGAACAAUGGGUACAGCAGACGAUUUGGCCUGUUUCAUGUUGAUUUUGAAGAUCCUGCAAGACCACGUGUCCCUUACAGAUCAGCAAAGGAAUAUGCAAAGGUCAUCAGGAAUAAUGGCCUGGAAGGCCCUCAGUAGAGAAGGCAUCUUAGAAGCUCACUUGGACGAGCCUGUUUCAGGAGAGGAAGUCUGCUCUGGUGAUGAGCUCUCAGCCACACUCAAAUUGCUUCCAUACCAAUCUCUGAUUAUGAUGUCUAAGUAUAUAAAGCCUGGGAAUGUAUUUAACUUAGCCUCCACAUUGUAUUUUGAUCAACGAGUUUUCUUAGAAAGUGCAACAGAGAGCCACUGAAAUUAAUUUUCAUAUUAAGAAACUAGAUUUACUGUGGAAGAAAGGAAGGAAAGAAUGUAAAAACCAAAGGAUAGGGAGUUGUGCUGUGUUAUGGUCUCUUUAAAACAUGGCAUGACUGUUGUGCUUUUAAAUUCAAAGUCAUCAUAGUUACCUGCACAACCCCUGUGCAAGAGACUGGGCCCGUCAAUAUUCAGUCAGGGGUGAGGGAGGGGAUCAUGAGACUUCACUCUUUCCUGAGGAACUAUUGGCAAUCAGUGGUUGCUUGGGUAGAAGGAGUCAUCUUUUAACUGGUCUAGCCACAGGUAAGUCAUUCAUGCUCCAGUAAAUAACCCCAAGCCAUGCUCAUGGAGCCAAUCCUAAUUAAACUCAACAAUCAUAAAAAAUAACAAGGCAUAAAAGUUUGAAGAAGAGUAAAGUUGGAAAGAAGAAAGGGCUUUAGUGGGAGUGGAUUAAUAUCUGGUAAUAAGGAGUGAACAUGAUCAAAAUACAAUAUAUACAUAUAUAUGUUUGUGUGAAGUUGUGAAAAAUAUAAAUAUUUUCAAAAUUUUAAAAAUAAAUUAGAUGAUAAAACUUUAAUUGAUAUAUUCAAAAAGGUUCUACAAAAAAUAAAAAGUUUGUGUAGAUAAUAUGCUGUGUAUUUUCAUCUCUUGAAUAGAAGCAGACCUCUUACUACUAGGACAUGUAUUUGUGAACUUAUUGAGCCUGGUUACACAGCUGUUUUUGCUUAGUAGGCCCAUUAGUGAUUAAUCUAUGUACUUUCCAUAAUUUAAUCAAGCAUGAAAAAACUCUAAGUUAAAUAUCACAUUAUACAUUCUAUUCAUCACAGGAGUUAGUGAUCUAUUCAAUAAAAUGUAUUUGUUAAUCUAUAUGGCAUAUAUUUCAUUAA